AUGCGUACUCGUCUUCGCGCACCAGGAGGCGCAUCAACUAUCACUCUGCCAGACGACGCCAAAAUAUCUGAUUUAAUAUCGCAAAUCAAAGAGAAGACUUCCCUCUCGAGCUUUGAUGUAAAAUAUGGCUACCCACCACAACCUCUCAUCCUCGAGCAGUACGAGAGCUCCCAGGCUCUGAGCAGCCUCGGUAUCAAACUCGAUGGCGAACAGCUUACCAUCAGCGCGCGAGAUCCUCCACAGGAGCAGACACCUGUGGUAGCGAGUAAAGAUGGACAGAACACAGGAGAGGCUGGAAUUACGAAGGGACAUAAACCUAUAGGAUUGAAGAAGAAGACGAUGGAGGAGGAAGUUCCUGAGCUACCUAUGCCUUCGAGAGGCGCAACACUUGUAAUGAGAGUAAUGCCCGACGACAACUCCUGUCUCUUCCGCGCCUUUGGCACCGCAGUCCUCCCCGGCGACGACUCCUCAAUGCCCGAACUACGCUCCCUCGUCGCAAGCGCAAUCCAAUCCGAGCCCGAAGUCUACACCAAAGUAGUCCUCGAGCAAUCCCCCGACGACUACUGCCGCUGGAUACAAACCCAAGACGCCUGGGGCGGUGCCAUCGAGCUAGGAAUCCUAUCCAAGCACUUCGACAUCGAAAUCUGUAGUCUAGACGUCCAGUCCCUACGAAUAGACAAAUUCAACGAAGGCGCCUCAACACGCUGCAUCCUCGUCUACAGCGGCAUCCAUUACGACACGAUCGUGCAAUCGCCCUCGGACCCACCACACACGAAAGCCACUCUGUCCCCAGAUCUCGACAAGCGGGUGUGGGAACAAGACGACGAGGAGAUUCUGGUGUACGCGACGGAGCUGUGCAAGAAGUUGCAGGCGAAGCAUUAUUUCACGGAUACGGGGGGCAUGGCUAUCAAGUGUGGUGUAUGCGGGGUGAUUGUGUAUGGUGAGGGACAGGCGAGUGGGCAUGCGCAGCAGACGGGGCAUUACGAUAUGGCUGAGGUAACGACGUAG